AUGAACGCACCACCGGCUCAACAAAGAGGUGGAUUUAGAGGCGGUUUUGGAGGGCGUGGUCGCGGUCGUGGGGGUCGCCGCGGACGCGGAGGUCGUGGGCGAAUGGGAAAGGAUGCCGAGUGGAAACCUGUUACCCUUCUUGGUCGUUUGGUGAAAGACAAGAAAAUUACAUCGCUAGAGGAGAUUUAUAUGUACAGCCUUCCCAUAAAAGAAGCAGAGAUUGUUGAUACGCUAAUCGGGCCCUCUGUUCUCAAGGAUGAGGUCCUCAAGAUUAUGCCUGUUCAGAAACAAACUUGCGCUGGUCAGCGGACACGUUUCAAGGCAAUUGUGGCCAUGGGAGACUACAAUGGUCACGUUGGGCUUGGCGUGAAAUGUGCUAAGGAAGUCGCUACUGCCAUUCGCGGCGCUAUUCUCCAGGCUAAGAUUUCUAUUAUCCCCGUUCGUAAAGGCUACUGGGGUAAUAAGAUCGGCAAGCCACACACCGUGCCUUGCAAAGUCACUGGUAAAUGUGGUUCCGUUGUCGUGCGUUUAAUCCCUGCGCCGAGAGGAACUGGGAUUGUCAGUGCUCCUGUUCCCAAAAAGCUUCUCUCCAUGGCUGGCAUUGAGGAUGUUUACACAAGUGCUCGCGGCCAGACAGCUACCCUCGGGAACUUCGCCAAAGCCACGUAUGUCGCCAUUCGCAAGACUUACGAGUACCUUACUCCGGAUCUGUGGUCGGUUGCUCCUACGCAAAAGCACGUCUAUGUGGAACACGCGGAGUACCUGCGCACUAUGUCAAAAGCUCAGGCUUAA